AUGACGCUAGAAGGCAUCCGCUACAAGGCCGGCUCUUUGCAGGUCCUCAACCAGCUGCUACUGCCCCACCAGAGCGUCUACGAUGAAGUCCGCUCGGUCCAGGGCGCGUACGAGGCCAUCAAGUCUAUGAAGGUGCGUGGGGCUCCUGCUAUUGCCAUUGUGGGCUGUUUGAGUUUAGCUGUGGAGCUGCGGGCCGGAGCCGGAGGCGAUGAUCCCGUGACUUUCAUCAGAGAGUCGUUGUGUCAUCUGACCUCUGCACGUCCCACUGCCGUCAACAUGGGCCGCGCUGCCAGAGAGCUCAUGGAGUUUGCAGAAAACGAGAGCAUGGAGAAGAACUCGGAGCAGCUCAGAGAGAGUGUAAUUGCUUGGAUCGAAGACAUGCUCGAGCGUGACGUGAACGAUAACAGGAAGAUUGGGAACUAUGGCGCUCAGCAUAUCCUGUCCGGCGUCCCCAGGGACUCUGUGACCAUCCUCACGCACUGCAACACCGGCUCCUUGGCUACUGCUGGAUACGGCACCGCACUGGGUGUGGUGAGGAGUCUUCACGCUCUGGGCAGACUGAAACGCAUGUACUGCACAGAGACACGGCCUUACAACCAGGGCUCCAGGCUGACGGCAUAUGAGGCCGUGGCUGAGGGCAUUCCCGCCACUCUCAUCACAGACAGUAUGGCCGCUCUUACCAUGAGGGAAAUGGACAUCACAGCUGUGGUGGUGGGAGCAGACAGAGUUGUGGCCAAUGGGGAUACAGCAAACAAAGUGGGCACGUAUCAGCUGGCCAUUGCAGCCAAGCACCAUGGCAUCCCCUUCUAUGUGGCAGCACCCAGCACGUCAUGUGACCUGAGCCUGGAGAGUGGCAGGGACAUUAUCAUCGAAGUACGCCCCCCAGAGGAACUCACCAGUAUAAACGGCGUUGCCAUUGCUGCCACAGGUAUUGAAGUAUGGAACCCAGCCUUUGAUGUGACUCCGCAUCAGCUCAUCACGGGAGGCAUCAUCACAGAGCUGGGCGUGUUUCUACCAUCAGAGCUUCAGGCAGCGCUCACAGGACGCCUCACUGCCCUCUAG